GAGGGAAAAAGUUCCCUAUAUACACACACAUUUGGAUGGAAUUGAAAAUGAAGUGGUGCUGAAACGAAGCGACGAACUGUCAGCCAUGGAAGCUCUAAAAGUUUCAUCUUUCCAAUCAUUCCACCGCCAACCCAUCUCAAGGCGAAAUCCCAGAAUCGCAUUCGAAAAAUCCAUUCUGCAUACCCCAUCAUCUCGACGAAUCCCGACGACUUUCCAGAAAUUGAAUUUCAAGAUUUUCACCGCGGUUUCUCCGACGACGGUGGAAUCUUCGGCGCCGCCCGAUAACGAGAUUGAAUCCGAGAAGAGAGAGGAACAAUUCGAUUGGUACGAGCAGUGGUACCCGGUGUGGCCGGUGUGCGAUCUGGAUAAGAGGAGGCCGCAUGCGAAGAAAGUGAUUGGGAUUGAUGUGGUGGUGUGGUGGGAUAGGAAUGAGAAUGCAUGGAAGGUGUUUGAAGAUAGUUGCCCUCACCGAUUGGCUCCCUUGUCGGAGGGGAGGAUCGAUCAGUGGGGCAGGCUGCAGUGUGUGUACCACGGCUGGUGCUUCGGUGGCGCCGGCGAUUGUAAAUUCAUUCCCCAAGCGCCGCGCGACGGCCCUCCGGUUCACACUACCAAUAAGGCGUGUGUGGCCGUAUAUCCUAGUGGUGUGCAAAAUGGCAUUCUUUGGUUCUGGCCAAAUUCAGAUCCACACUAUAAGGACAUAUAUGCAACGAAGAAGCCACAUUAUAUCCCAGAACUUGACGACCCAUCCUAUACCACUAUGAUAAAUGCAAGGGACAUAGGUUACGGUUAUGAAGUCCUGAUUGAAAAUCUUAUGGAUCCUGCUCAUAUUCCAUAUGCACAUUAUGGCUUGCUGAAAACAGGAAAAGUGCCAGAGAGUUUGAAGGCUGACAGAGAAGGAGGGAGACCGCUCGAAAUAAGUGUUGAGAAAGUGGAUGUAAAUGGGUACACUGCAAAGCAAAUAUUUGGGGAGAACUACUUCAUUGCGCCUUGCCUAUUCUACGGCUAUUACUCUCCGGGUGGAGGUGAAAGCAAAAGCGACGAGGCAUCGUCAGAUGGAGAAAAAGAUGUGGGAUUACCCCCUGUUCCUACGAUAUUACCCAAUGUUCCCACCGAGAAAAAAAAUAUGCUUAUUUUCUACUGCGUUCCAGUUAGUCCUGGUUGUAGCAGGCUGAUCUUGGCAGUUCCUAGGAACUUUGCUCUCUGGAUUGAUCGAAUUGUUCCUCGUUGGAUAUUUCAUAUGACAUCCAACUUGCUUCUUGAUUCGGAUCUCUAUCUUCUUCAUGUGGAGGAAAGGAAGCUGAAAGAUGUUGGCCCUCUCAAUUGGCAUAAGGCUUGCUUCGUUCCGACAAAGGCUGACGCCCUCAUCGUAGCAUUCAGAAGGUGGCUGAACAAGUAUGCCGGCACACAGGUUGAUUGGAGAGGUAAAUACAGUGGAGAGCUUCCACCCACUCCUCCAAGAGAGCAGCUCUUUGAUAGGUACUGGACUCACACGGUGGGUUGCAGCAGCUGCAGCGCCGCAUAUAAACGUCUCAACGCGUUGGUGAUCGCCCUUCAAGUUGUCUCCAUCGCUUCGAUUGCAGCCGUAGCUGCAGCCAAACAGGGUGCAAUCUCCAUUGCUGCUAAGUAUUAUCUGGCUUCAAUGGCUGUGUUGAGCUUCGUGGCUUCGAAAUGGCUGUCGCAUUUCAUCUACAAAACUUUCCGAUACCAUGACUAUGAUCAUGCCUUCCACUAAACUUUUUCCUUUUUCUUUUGCAUGUAAUAACUUUCUGAAUGAUAUUGAAAAAAGUAACCCAGAGGCUAAAGCUGAGGAUUGUAUAAAUGGGACCGACCCAUCAAUAACAAAUGAUAUUCUUAAGGCUAA